UUCUUUCCUCUUUUCCAGGUUCCUGGCUGAAACCUGGAGGGGGCUUGAUGAGCAGGGGGAGAGAGAAUCAUUUCCUGUUGUCCUUUCUUUGAUUGAGAAGAUGUCUGCAGACAAUAAAAACAUCUUGGUUUCCAAAAGCAAGGAAAAAACCUAUGAGGUUCUUGGUCAUGGACAAUGCUAUGGAGACAUGCUUUCCGGGCAGAAGGAGACAGUACCCUUGGGAGCCUCUCAGGAGUCAACACACGUUAAGGCAGAACCAGAAGAACCACACCCUGAGGGAACAUCACUGGAGGACAGGGCUCCAGGAACACAGGGCUGGAUGUCUCCGAGUCUUGGCUGUAAGGGGAAAGCCCUGUUCCUUCCUGGUGGAGCUCUUCCCUCACCCUGGAUUCCUGUGCUUUCCCGAGGGGGAAGGGCUAGAGAACGACAGGUGGCUGCAGCUCUCCUCACAGCCUGGUCCCACAUGCCAGUGACUUUUGAGGAUGUGGCUCUGUACCUCUCCCGGGAGGAGUGGGGAAGGCUGGACCACACACAGCAAAAUUUCCACGGGGAUGUACUACAGGAAAAAAAUGGUCUGGCUUUGGGGUGUCCGUUCAGCAGCCCUUUCUGGGUCCCCCAAGUUCAGGGGAAGGGCGAGAUGACAAAUACCAGCAGACCAGCAGGAGCUGAGAGGAGAGGCCUUGGUUCAGGAGUUGUGGAAAUGGGGAAGAUGGUACCAACCCUAGCCGUGGCCACCCUCGGGGAUAUGAAACCCUUAAGGACCAGGGCCAGGUGGGCUUUGAGAGAAGAGCCACAGUGUGGUCAGCAAGUGGCUAGCGGCCUGGGUGCAAAGGUGGCCGGAGACGUUGGGGAAGCCAGGCAGCCAAAGCCACCCGACACAGGUUCUCCCAAGACCCCAGAGGACAGCGGCCUAGAGGAACACAGCGAGAAGGGUUCACUGGAAAGUGGCGAGGAGGGGCUGGUCCCCGACGGUGAAACGGGCAAGAAGACGUACACAUGCGAACAGUGCGGCAAGGGCUUCAGCUGGCACUCGCACCUGGUGACACACCGGCGCACACACACAGGUGAGAAGCCCUAUACCUGCACGGACUGCGGCAAGCGCUUCGGCCGCAGCUCACACCUCAUUCAGCACCAGAUCAUCCACACAGGCGAGAAGCCCUACACCUGCCCCUCGUGUUGGAAGAGCUUCAGCCACCACUCCACGCUGAUCCAGCACCAGCGUAUCCAUACCGGUGAGAAGCCCUACGUCUGCGACCGCUGCGCCAAGCGUUUCACCCGCCGCUCAGACCUAGUCACACACCAGGGCACCCACACAGGCGCCAAGCCCCACAAGUGCCCUAUCUGCGGCAAGUGCUUCACGCAGAGCUCCGCCCUGGUGACACACCAGCGCACCCACACCGGCGUCAAGCCCUACCCGUGCCCCCAGUGCGGCAAGUGCUUCAGCCAGCGCUCCAACCUCAUCGCACACAAUCGCACACAUACGGGCGAGAAGCCCUACCAUUGCCUCGACUGCGGCAAGAGCUUCAGCCACAGCUCGCACCUCACUGCCCACCAGCGCACACACCGCGGUGUGCGGCCCUAUUCCUGCCCGCUGUGCGGCAAGAGCUUCAGCCGCCGCUCCAACCUGCACCGUCAUGAGAAGAUUCACACCACCGGGCCCAAGGCUCUAGCCAUGCUCAUGCUGGGGGUGGCGGCAGGGGCGCUCACUGCACCCCCAUCUGCUCCCACUUAGAAGCCAGAGAGAGACCACCCAGGGUAGCUGGGACAGUCUCCCGUGGGAAGACUUCUGGGUCCUAGAUGGGGGUGAGGGCGGGGAGCUGUAAGGUGCCAAUGCUGGCGCCACGUUGGGCAUGGUGACGUGAGAGGAGGAGGGCAAGCACUGUAGUUGCAGAUUCAAAGCCUUGGAUUUGUCUGCCUGGUGCUUCAGCGGCUCUCUGAGCAUCUGGCAGCUCUUGGUUCUACCAGGUGUCCUCGUUCAGGCAUCCCUGAGGCACCACUUUGGGCCUGGGAAGCCUCUUUUCCCUAGCCUUAUUUUGGGUCAGGGUCCCUUUUGUCAAGAGGCCUAUUCCAGAAUAUUAGGGCAUUUUUUAAAAAAAAUCAUUUUUGUGGUUGUUGAUUUCUAUAUGUGUGUAUGUGUGGGGAGUGCACAUGCCACAGUGCACCUGUGAAAGGAAGUCAGUGAACAACCUCUAGAAUCGGUUCUCUACCAUGUGGUUCCAGGCAUGUUUACCUGCUGAACCAUCUCACCCUGGUUUUGUUUCUUGAGACCCGGUUUCAUGUAGCCUAGGGUAGCCUGGAACAAGCUUUGUAACAGCUGCUCCUUGCCUCUCCCUUCUAGAUGUAAACCACCUAGCCCAACUUGUGACCAUAAGUCUAUAAACAAAGGCUCAGAGUUCAGAUUUCCCAGCUGGAAGACAGCCAGUCACUCCUGAAAAUGAAGAUUGGGAAGGGGUCCCUUUAGCUGAUAUCAUGUCCCAAGCACUUGGCACUUGCUGAGUCUAGCUUCUCCUUUAACUUUUAUGUUGAGAACCAGGAGCAGGGCAACUCAUUUCUUGUCUACUGAAUCAGAUUGCCUGCCUUGGGCUCCUCACUGUUCUGUAGGUAUCUCCUCUCCAUUUGCUUACACUGGGGACUGCCAGGGAAACCCAGAAUUCCUCAUCAGGGACCACUCUCCUCCCUCAUCCAUUCUGCGGCUGCUGCUGGCUCUGUUGCUCACCUCCUUGGUAUAUGCCAUUUAUAAUAUGCUGUACCUUCCCAUUGGUUUUGAACCAAAGUAAUCUGUGUAGCAUCCAUUCCUGUUUGUUCCUUUUAAAGCCCAGGGUCCAGCCUAUGGUCCUGCACUGUGGCUCAGCUGCUAAGAGAGCAUUCAGCUCUGAUACCAGAGAGGCCCCAGCGAACCACACACUGCAGCUCUGGGAGGCACCAGCUUCUAAGGGACACAGUUCUGUAUCUUGAAUAGGAUACAGAGAAUAGUAACAGCCACGGAGGCAUGGAGCAGAGCCAGCUGAUGGGAUACAUUGUAUGCGAUGUCUACAUCACCUCUAUUCUGCAAGCCCUUGUCUACAUCACCUCUAUUCUGCAAGCCCUGACCGGGUUUUAUUGCCUCAUUUUUGUUCUUGUUGUUUAUUUAUUUAGUGUGCAUUGGUGUUUUGCCUGCAUAUGUAUGUGUCUUCACCACUGAGUCAUCUCUCUGCCCCCUGAAUUACAAGUCACACUGGGAAUUGGUGUCAGAUCAGGUCUGUCAGGGUUGUGGUGGUUUUUUUUUUUUUUUUUUUUUUUGUUUAGACAGGGUUUUACUGUGUAGCCCUGGCUAUCCUGAAACUUGCUCAGGAGGCAGAGGGCAGGAGGAUCUCUGAGUUCAAGUUCAGCCUGAUCUA